GAAGACUGUAAACGGAAGUGAACACAAGAACAAUUUCCACGUUUGCGUUUUUGUUGUUAUUUAGAUGUUUAUUAACACCCUGGAAUUCAAAAUAUGAAUACUUUAACUGCAUAGCAUCACAUACUUACGACAUGUAGUCUUUAAUUCGCGUUGGAGACAGGACUUGGUUGAUAAGUGUUCUCUAGGUAACGCUAGCUAGCUAGUUGCUAACGUUAGCUUACAAUGGCUAACUGUAUGGUUUUUCACACUCAAAUAGCCUCCAUUAUGGAGGUGCUAGCGAAUGCAGCCGUGUCAGAGAUCUGUAAACUCGUAGACGACGACUAUGCAGUGUUUCGUUUGGAAAUAACUCAAAGCCAGAAAGAAAACAGGGCAUUGCGGAGGAGACUACAGCUACUGGAGCUGAAGGUGUCACGGGAGCGCGUCCUCGCCAUUCGACCCAGUAGUGUAAAAAUCCUCGACAAAUACAGAGGAAUGGCAAGAGGUGAAGGACAUCUCACUGGAGGCCACAGGAGCUUUGUGAAGCCAGCGGGACACAAUACAUGGAGAGAUGACCAACCAAUCACUGUUGAUGAGGGGAGUGGAACCUCAACCCAGCAUGUUAUUGUGAUAGAGUCUGCAGAGGCUGCAGGUCUUGGGGUCAAGCUGGAGAGGUCUGAAGGAGAGGAGGACCCACGGCACAGCAGAGACUUCCAGACUCGUGCGGCUAGAGAGCCCCCUGUAGCCAUAGAGGUCCCCACCACUGCCCCAGUGCGGCCCAGGACCCGACGAAGCAUCACGGAGGAGGAGGAGGGUCUGGGGAACCCUGAGGGAACCAUGGUCAUGGAGGACAACCAGACUACACCACCUCCUGAACCCACAGAGGACCCAGCUGAGCAACACAGGACCACAGAGUCAGUAGACAUGGAAGAUGGGAAGCCUGAUCUGCUGCUGGUCAAAGAGGAGACAAUAGAAGACAGACCAGAGAGCAUUGAUCUGCUGAGUGGAGUAAAGAUGGGGGAGCAAGGUGGUUGGCUGGAUGCUAACAGAGAUUGGACGGCCGUCUUGGAUUCCCAGACCGGUGCAGCCAAAGGCCCAGGGGACAACAUCACUAAGCAGGCCAGGACCAGAGGUGACAUGGUGGAGUCUGCAGUCCAUGAUGAUCUGCUGAUAUCCGGUGUUGCUGGUGGGAGAGACUGGACCUCUGAGGCUGCUGGUCACAAACCCUGGCCCUGGAUCAGAACCCUGGAUCAGGAGCCAUCACGCUUUCUUCCCGAUUCGGAACUAGGACCGAAACACGAGGGACAAAGACUCCACCACCACAUAGAACACAACCAGUGGACAGAUGGACUGAACCACCUCAGUCCUGGUCGUCAUCAGAGAGACGGAGGCUCCAGUCAGGGAUCCAGUCUGCAGCCCAGACCCUUCUCUUCACAUUCUCAGUGCAGGGAUGGAGCAGGGCCUGGGGCUGAUAGAGAUAGACCCUCCUGUUCCUAUGAUACAAACACCACAGUAUCCAUUAUGAACAGAGCAGGUCACCCUGGGCUUCAGCCUUCAGAGAGAGUAGUGGGAGACCCAUCUGGUGGUAGUCUAUCAGCAAGUCUGUCUUCUCCUUCAGGGUCUCAUCUAAUGCCUGGUGACUGGGUUCACAGAAGGUCUGGACCUGGGUCUAGCCUUCCUCAGUUACCUCAGGUUUACCCCACCAAUACAGACACGGUCAGGAUGGGCGUUCACCCCAAGAGGUACCUAGCCUAUAACACAGAACACAAUCCCAACAACACCCAAACAAUGGCUAGAGGUCAAGGUGGGAGCUCAAAGACUAACCAUCUGACGGUGGUGGCUCCUGCUUCUACCUCUGGUGUUAUUGGCUCACAACGUGGGAGGCCAAGUGUUAGGUCAGAUGCAGACAAGCCGCACGCAUGCCCCACAUGUGGGAAGCGUUUCACUGAGGCAAACUAUGUGAAGAGGCACCAGACCGUUCACACCAAGGAGAGGCCCUUCAAGUGCAAACUGUGUUACAAGAGCUUCGCAUUCCUGAGUAACCUUAUCAGACAUAGGAGUGUCCACAAUGGGAAGAAAUUGUAGCAUUGUGGCUUGAGAUGUCCACAGGGCAUAUCUGGGAACCAUUUUUUAGUCGACAUAAUAUAAUUAUUGUGUGAAGUGUCUUGGGGCAAGAGGUUAAUUAAUCACAUACCCCUCAACCCUUUGUUAACUGUGUAAAUACCUGUUUUUAGAGAGAAAGUAAACCUAGGCUAGAACGAGGACAGUUGAAUAUUUACCUUAUUGAGGUGAUGUAGAUGGGAUAAAGUCGUUCUAUUAUUUUCUACUCUAUUCUUGCUAACACACUUUUCUUUCUAAACAAGUCUGCUCUCAGCUUGAAAUAUACUGAUCAUAGGAGAUUUGAUGUGAGAUGUACUAAGCAGUACCGUAUUUCAAAGAACAUUGCGCACACCUUUUUUGUUUAACCACCCCCUUUGAGCUAUGACGCCAACCAAAAAAGACCCUCUUCUUCAGUGUAAACGGAAUAGCUGUGUGUAUUAACUGUAGGGGUAGCCAUGUUGCUGGAGAUCAGAAUUGUCCAAUGAGAGAAUGGCAGGUUGAGGUUGCCAGAGUUGGUGUAGUACAGAAGGUGUCGUAUGCUAAGGUAGUGAAGAGAGUAGUAGAGGAAGAUCCAGGGCGAGGGAUCCUCAUAGGUUCCCUAUGAGUAGGCCGAAGUUAAUAGAGAAUCCAUAGAGAGUGAUAGGAAUAACGUGUGCUUCAGUUAGCUUGGCUUCUUAGCGUUCAUUGAAAUGGGAUCUAAAUCACAGAAAAUAUAUUUUGUGACAGCUGCAGAGAAGAACUUUACGUGAUUUUACUGCAGACGAUUUACAAGGUGUGUUGAACGAUAGUGUCCCAUCCUCCCAGGCAGCCGGCCUGGUAUAGGAUCAGAUGGGGCCAAAGUGGUGGAAUAGUGUUAUUUAUUUAUUUUUGUUUUUUUUUAUAAAUAUGAAGUUGAAUUUUUUUAAAUUAUUAAACAGUAACAUACAAAAAACAGAACAGCCAGAGGGAUUACACAAAUAAAUAAUAAUACAAAUCCACAUUAUAUCAAAUCAAAUACAAACAUGUACCGAAUACAUUGACAUUUUGUUUGGUAUACGUUUGAAUGAUUCUAAAUAUUUUUCCAAAUCAGAUUUUUCUUUAUAAACGUUGAAUUUGUAUGAAAAAUAUUCUAAAUAAAAUAGAGAUUUAUGACAUACUGACAUUCAAUUGUGGAAUCAGUCUAGUAAAAUACAUGUCAAACUUAGAUAUUUCAAUGGUUGUAUGCAUUUUGUUGCCAAGAUAUAGUUUUACAUCAGUCCAGAACACCUCACUAUGUAAACAAUUACUGAAAAAGUGUUCAAUAUAUUCAGUUUAUUGUUCACAGAAACUGCAUUCACUGGUAACAUUAGGUAUAUAUUUAGAAAUCAAUCUAUUACACAGGUAGAAUCUAUGGAUAAUCUUAAAGGAGAUCACCUUUACUUUAUUGGUCACCAUAAAUCUGUGUGGAGUGAGCCAAGCACGGCGCCAGUUUACAUCAAACGAUGAAGCCCAACAAAAUAUAGCAAGAAGGAAUAGAUUUCCUGUAGAAAAUAUCCCUUAAUAAACGAUUGUUGAAUUUCUUAUCUAGUGAACUUAUGCCAUUCACCUGGAUAUCGCUUACAAUAGAUGUUUCAAAAUAUGCAUUAUUCUGAAGUAAAGAUUUUAUCCCACUAGGUAUAGCUUUUAUAACUGUCAUAUUCCUUGCUUGAAACCUUGAAGUUGUAUCUUCCCAUAAAUUCUCUCCAUGUAAAUAGACUGCCACUAAUUCUUACUAAUUGGCUGGACAAAGUUUUUCGAGAACCAGUUACUGUAAAAUAACAUUUUGUUUCUAUGUCAUAUUGAACCAUUAUUCCAUAUAUAACAUUUAUGAGGUGAAAAGUUGUGUUUAUACAGCAAAGACCAGCACAUUAAAACCUGCUUGUGAAAAGCCGGCAAUUACAUUGGAAGUUUACCCACAAUAUAGGGACUUGUAGUAAAAAAUUAAGCCAUCCGAGCUUCUGAAAAACAAAAUGAGGUAUAAUAUUCCAGAAACUAUGAGGAUUUUUUAAGUACCUUUUAACCCAGUUGACUUUUUAUAUAUGAUUAAAGAGAAUGAUGUCAAAGACAUUUAGACCGCCGUUACAAACCCAGUUGGUGAUAACAUCUAUUUUUAUCUUAUGUGGCUUGUUUUUCCAGAUGAAGUUGUACAAUAGCCUAUCUAAGGUACAGCAAGUGCAUUUGGGAAUGUCAAUAGAUGAAAAAAGAUAGGAUGCCCGAGAUAGCCCCUCAGCUUUGGAUAAAAUCACCAUCUCUUGAAGACUUAGAUCUUUCCCUAACCAUGAGGAUAAUUUAUUUUUAAUAGAUUCAGUUACAGGAUUCAAAUUAAGAUCAUUCACAGCCUUAAGAUUUUUGGUGCUCUACACCAAAGUAGGUUACAGUAUAUUUUUUCAGAGAUCUUAUAAUCCGGUGGAUUGAAAGCUCCUUUCAGAACAAAGAUCUCGCAUUUGGAUUGAUUUAAUACCAAACCUGAGAUUUUGGAGAACUGCUUCACAAUAUCCAAUGCUAAUCUAGCUUGUGACACAUUUUUCAAAUAAAGUGAGGUGUCAUCCGCCAUUUGGGAUAUCUUGAUCUCUCUGGCCUGGAAUGUAAUGCAUUCAAAUGGACUUUGAUGAACUAAUGAGCAUAAGGUUUGAGAUACUAACAAAAAUUAAAAAAGGUGAGAUUGGA